UCUCUUAUCUCAAAUCCUCGACAUCUAGCGCCACGGGCGGCUUCUACAAAAGUAUAUAUAUUUGCGUUUUGUGGUUUCCUUCAUGAUACUGAAUCGUAAUAAAUAAAUAAAAUGACGGUUAUUCAUGCCGCGAUAUUAAUCAUAAUUAUUGUUAGCUGUACUACUACUACUUCAGUUCCAUCUGUAGCAGCUCAGAUGGAUCCAAUAUGCCUUCUUCCCGCACUCGGCGACGGCGCCUUCUUCUGCAACAGCGACGACUUGCCUCCCGACGCACAAAACCUGCAGGCGGAAGUGCUGUCUUCCACCCGAAGCAACUUCGUCGCUAGGCUUCCGGGCAGCCGGGCAGGCGUUUGCAGCACGGAUACGUACCCCGCAGCUGGCGGCGGCAACAUCGAGCUCUCCGGCUUCGCGUCCUGCCUCGACGAGCGGAAACCUCAGGGGGAUUGCGAGAGGUGUUUGUUGGGCGGCAGCGAGAUGAUCAAAACAAGCUGUCCCGGCAAGGCCGGGGCUAGGGCCGGCUCCGACGUCUGCUGUAUUAGGUACGAGCAGUACAGUUUUUGUUGAAACGGGAUGUCCUUUUCAUUGUAGUGAUCGAUCUAGAAAUGUUAUUAAUGUAUCUGCGACAAAGGAAUCUCGUUUGAUUAGCUAUACAAGUUAAAAAUUCCUUGUAUUUGUUUAUAAUAAAGAAAAUAUUUAACGUUACUGAACUUGUAGAAUCUCAAAUACAUAGACAAGUAGAAGGCCAACAAUGUCCUUCAACUUGGCAGGUGUGUAUAUAUAUGGUAUGUGCAGCAGUAUUAGUCCAUUCUUCCACUGAUUCAUAGCCGAAACCAACAACGUUUGUCAUGCUAAUGAUAAUCACCAUAGCCAAUAUGAUUACUAUAAUUACUGCCAGCUAUAUUACAGCUUCUUCUGCAGCUCAGAUCGAUCCAAUAUGUCCCUCCCGCGAUCAGUAGUGAAUCCUGCUACUGCAAGUCUGCAACUAAAGACAGCUUUCCUUU